UUCAUCUCUCAAGUCAGAUGUUUGGCUGUUCCAUCCCCUGCAACAAGGACUCAUGCCAGCUGGACACACUCUCCUUCCCGGGCCUCUGGCGGCCAGGGCGGAACCAAGAUCACAGCUAUUGAGACCCUAAGCCCAAAGUUUGUGGCCCUGUCUCAACUGUGUCACUCAAGGAGGGCUUCCUCCAGCAAUGAUCUCCUCAUUGUUCCUGGCCUUCCUAUUUCUGGAUCUGGCCACAGUGGCCACUCCCAGAGCUGACAGUCAGUGUCUGGCAUGUGGAAAGCAUGCCUUGGACCUGGAGAGCCAGCGGAAGCUGCUGCUCCAUCUGGCCAAGAGAAGCAUCUUGGACAAGCUGCACCUCAGCCAGCGCCCAACCCUGAGCCGGCCAGUGUCCAGAGCUGCUCUGAGGACUGCGCUGCAGCGCCUCCAUGGGCCCCCACAGGGGGCGCUUCCGGAGGCUGACAGGGGGCAGGAAUAUGAGAUCAUCAGCUUUGCUGAGACAGGCUUCUCCAACAUCAACCAGACUCGUCUUGAUUUCCACUUCUUCUCUGAUAGAACUACUGGUGGCUUGGAGGUCCAGCAGGCUAGCCUUAUGUUCUUUGUGCAGCUCCCUCCCAGUACUACCUGGACUUUGAAGGUGAGGGUCCUUGUGCUAGGCCCACAUGAUUCCAACCUCACCUUGGCCACUCAGCAUCUGCUGAAGGUGGAUGCCAGUGGCUGGCACCAGCUCCUCCUGGGGCCUGAAGCUCAGGCUGCCUGCAGCCAGGGACACCUGACCCUGGAGCUUGUACCUGAAGGCCAGGUAGCCCAAAGCUCAGUCAUCCUGAGUGGGGUUGCCCAUAGGCCUUUCGUGGCAGCCCGGGUGAGAGCUGGGGGCAAGCACAGGAUUCGACGGCAUGGUAUUGAUUGCCAGGGUGGGUCCAGGAUGUGCUGUCGACAAGAGUUCUUUGUGGACUUCCGUGAGAUUGGCUGGCAUGACUGGAUCAUCCAACCUGAAGGCUAUGCAAUGAACUUCUGCACAGGGCAGUGCCCACUGCAUGUAGCAGGCAUGCCUGGCAUUGCUGCCUCCUUUCACACUGCAGUGCUCAAUCUUCUCAAGGCCAACACAGCCACAGGCACCGCUGGAGGGAGCUCAUGCUGCGUGCCCACAAUCCGGCACCCCCUGUCUCUGCUCUACUAUGACAGAGACAGCAACAUUGUCAAGACUGAUAUACCUGACAUGGUGGUAGAGGCCUGCGGGUGCAGUUAG